AAUAUUAAGGAAUAGUGCAAAAUAAUUAACACAGCAACUUGAUUCCGUUGGUAUGCACAAUAUAAAAGGAAGUGGGCGAUUCGAAUCCGAAGCGUGGCUCUUGAAGCAACUCACAAUGGCGUUCUUUCCCUCUUCGCUCCUCUUCAUCUUCAUCUUCCUCAUCUUAAUCUUCGUGUCCUCUCUCUCCAGCGCCAAAACGCAGCGUUUCGCGCGCAGCAUUUCCCCGUCAUCGCUGGGCCUCGACAAGCCGCAGAAGCUCAGCCACCUCCACUUCUUCUUCCACGACGUCGUCGGGGGGACCAACCGCACGGCGGUGCGCGUGGCGGCGGCGCCGACCACCGACCACUCCCCGACGGGCUUCGGCGCGGUGGUGAUGAUGGACGACCCGCUGACGGAGCAGGCGGAGGCGGCGUCGCGGGCGGUGGGGCGCGCGCAGGGGAUUUACGCGUCGGCCUCGAGGACCGAGCUAGGGUUCCUCAUGGCGCUCAACUUCGCCUUCACGGAGGGGAAGUUCAACGGCAGCACGCUCGCCGUCCUCGGCCGUAACGCGGUGGAGUCCGCCGUCAGGGAGAUGCCGGUCGUCGGCGGCACCGGCGUGUUCCGGUUCGCCACCGGCUACGCUCAGGCCAGGACGCAUUCUCUUGGCGCCUUGGAGGCCGUUGUCGAGUAUAAUGUUCUUAAUCAGAAGUGGAAGCAUGUCACGGGGAUAACAGUGUGGUGCUUGUUGAACAAGGGUGUUUGGAUUUUUGUGUUUUGUGGAAUGUGUUGUAAUAACUGUGAAUAGGAUUUCAUGUUGGUGAAUAAGGGCCAGCUAUUGCCCUUUGACUCGAAUUACUGUGCUUGAACUGUGAUUCCGGAAGACUGUUGGAUUUUCUGCAUGCUUUUGAAGGACAUGUUGUGACUUAUUAUUAUCAUAUGUUUCAUUUUUUCAUGUAUCUUUAUUUUUAUUUUGCAUC